AUGCUCCGGCAGACUUUGCCUCGCCUCGUACGCGAUCCUGUGCCGACUGACACCAAAGCCUUUUACUCAUGGUUCAGUGGACAGGCAUACCGACAGGAACGUGUGAUCCCUGGUGGAUACCCUGCAGUUCGUGUGUAUCCCGUGUACGGCAAGCGGUGGUUUACGGGCCGCACCGUAAUGGCGAUGAUUGCCGGCGUCUCGCUCUUUGGUGCGUGGUAUCGGCCUGAGAAGGAGCGGUACAACAUGGAGAUGAUGAUUGAAUGGUCCGAAAGGCAAGCUGCGCAUCUCCCAUACCAGAAGGCGGAGGUUAAUCUUCGUUGCCUUAUCACCAGCUACAAACGCCACCGCUACGAGCAAGAAAAUCUCAUUGAUAAAGGUUUUGUGGGUUUGACGUCAGAGUUCCGCAAGUUCUUUUAUCACGACGACGUUUGGCGUCCGCCACUACACGAUGUUCUUAUGCAUCCAUACACCAAGUAUGGCGGCCCACUGUUUAGCUACAAUUGGACCAUCGGUUACUUCUAG